UUUAUGUUUGUUGGAGGCGUGAUAUUAAACACGCGUCAAGCAGUGUCGGACCCUAUAUAAACCCCACCGCCAAUCUCUUCCUUCUUCGUCUGUUCUGCGUUCACCUUUGCUCAGUUUCGUAGUAAAAUCAAAGUUCCGCUUCCCUCCGCAGAGACUGGACGAUCUCGCGAGCCAUGAAUGCUAGACGAGACAAUCGUAACAAUAGAGUUUCCCUUUUUGAUGGUAUUGAGGAGGGUGGCAUCAGAGCAUCAUCUGUUUACUCCUCUUCUCAUGAAAUUGAUGAACAUGAUAAUGAGCAGGCAUUGGAUGGAUUGCAAGAUAGAGUCAAUCUGCUGAAAAGAUUAUCAGGUGAUAUAAAUGAGGAGGUGGAUAGCCAUAACCGCAUGCUGGAUCGAAUGGGGAAUGAUAUGGAUUCAUCAAGAGGGGUCCUUUCGGGCACUAUGGACAAAUUUAAAAUGGUAUUCGAGACCAAAUCCAACCAGAGAAUGUUCACGCUUGUAGCAUCCUUUGUUGUGCUCUUUCUUAUAAUAUACUACCUCACUAGGUUUGAUGUUUUAAACAGGUAUUGAAUCCAACGAGUAAUGUCCAUAUCCGAUUUGCGGUAUAUUUUCCCUUUCCUGUUGAUUUAGGAUACUCCUGUUUAACCAUAUGGAAAAUGAAAAGGAAAGUGUAUUUGACGUUUAACAUUUUCAUC